AUGAGUUCCUCCGCUACAUCAGAUGUCACAUUGUUGACAGAACAUUUCACAUACCGACCGACUGCUCUAAUUGACGACAUAGUAAACUCAAUCAAUGUCCUAGCAUUCAAAGCGACAGAAGCCGUCGAGAAAGGCCUUCUGGGCGCAAAUCCCAGCGACCUUGGCUUCAAGAUCCCCCCUCCUACCACCCCCGAAGCGCAAGAAGCCGGCAGAGCAAUUGCAGAAGCAGCAAAACACGAGAUUGAGAACGGCGUGCAUCAGCUAGAGACCCUCCUCGAGACUAAAAUAGACAGGAACUUCGAUCGGCUAGAAAUCUUCGCGUUAAGGAAUAUAUUGAGCGUGCCACCGGAAGUGAGGGAUUGGGUGCGAUUAAGCCAUUACGAAGGCUUGACCUUUACGCAGGAUAAAGAUGCGCCGAAUUCCGAGAGUGUUACGCUUCUGAGGAAGAAGUUGAGAGAGACGCAGAAAUUGCAUGCCUUGCUGAGAGCAGAGAAGGCGAGGAAUGAAGCGACGAUCAACGCGCUGAAAGCAUUGGUGUUGAAUCAGGCGACUAAGAAGGAGGAUGUUGACGGGGAAACUUAUCCUGCAUUUGCGUUCUUGCAGAAUAAGGGAGAGCUGAUGGGAGAUGGCAAACAACCGGUUACAACCACUGCAGAGUUCACUUUGAGCCAGGUCCCGUCAUUAAAAAGCUUGUUGGACAACUUGGAACCCAGACUAGAGCAGCUGGCCAACGGAAAUGGAGAGGAAGGGCUGGUUGGCGAGGAUCAGAAGAGUUGGCGGAGGGAGAGACUGGAAUUUAUAGAGAAAGAAACGCGUAGACAUAUGGAGAAUGUUAGGGGCUUGGAAUUAGGAGAGAUGGGCGAAGUGAGAGACGGAGAAUGGCAAGGAGAGGGUAGGAAACUCGGGAAAGGAGAAGUAGAAGAUUUAGAACGGGUGGUUAGCAUGGUGGGUGGUGAUGGGGGCGACCCAAUGGAACAGGAUUCGUGA